UAUCUUUCGCCUUCUUUGAAUUCUUUUCUUUCUAAUAUCUUUUCAAGAAUCUCAAGCAUAGAAUUUCUUUGUUCCUACUUCAGUUGGGUUCUCUUUUGCAGGUUCUAACAUUUGACAAUCAAGAGGUUGUUUCAUACACAUCUGUUGUUCUUUUCCAACUCCUACCAUUCUUGCAUCAUUGUCAUCAUCAACAAGUAAUCUUCAGGGAUCAAUGGAACAAAAUCUUACAUCCCACCAUUCAAGUGGGCGAAAUUACAGAUCGAAAGUGUUGGAUAAGAAAAGGGUUCUUCAGUUUGUUUUGCUUGCAGGAAUUUGCAUGUGGUUGCUAUACAAAGUCAAUAACUCGCACCACCAACAUGAGAGUUACAAUGUGAAUCCUCAAAAUCCCAGUGAAAGAAACAUAACCAUAGUUUUGGGGCGCAAGGGGAUGGUGAAGGAACUAAAUGGACCUAAGGAAGAAUCCCAAGAUAAAAAUGGUCCAGAAGAAUUUGAAAGAAGAGAAGAUGGAGGUGUAGGAGACGAUGAGAUUGAUGUUAAAAAUAAUGAAGAUGCAAAGAAUGUAUUGGAAAUUGUACAAGAAGAAACUGGAAUACUAAAUGGUGGAAAUGAAGCAGCACACCUAGCCAAGUCUCAUCUUGAAAUUGCAAACGAAGAUUCUGAAAUAGAGAUAGUGGACGAUAUUGGUGAAAAUGUUCAUAGAGUUGAGGCAUUUCUGGAUGAAAAUGGGAUUCCACCAGAUGCCUACUAUUUUAUCAAUCCAACAUCAUAUGAGCCUAGGGGCAGAGCCCAAGAAUCUUAACAAGAGUCGAGCAAUUUCAAAUGAAAAUUCAUUGCAGGCUAACGAACUAACAGAUUAACAUCCUCGCAAGAGUCCUACUAGUAUGAGUAGAGGAUGUUAAAUUGAAAGUGUUAGUCAUAAUUGUUGUGCAUUGUGCAGAAUGUGAGUUUGAAACUGCUAAUAUUUAGAUGCUUCAUGGCCUAAUCAACUUUAAAAUGAUGGUUCCCCAGA